ACAAGCUUUUUACUGACCAGGUCUAUCGUGGUAACUAACAAAAUGAGCGAAGAGAUUCCGGUUAUACCAAAAGUAACGAGUUUGACUGUCCAUAGCGGAAAUAUCGUCAACUGGAACAGACUGAAAAGACACCCAAACCACGGGGCAACUGCAGAGAUUGCUGAAUGCAUCGAUUCUGCACUAAAAACUUACCUGGACAGCGCUGACAAAACAGCACUUCAGUAUGAAACCAGUUUGGAGUGCAAGUCCACCAAAUUUAUGGAGGCACUCCCUGCUGAUGAGAGAGGUGACCUGAAAGUCACAGUGAAAGUUUUCCUGUGUAAAUUACUGCCCCCAUCCACACUGAAGGAGGGAAUAGAGAAAGUUUUAACAGAGCUUAACAUCACGUUCAUUGAGACGGUGAUUCUGGCACUGCCGGAGCUAGAGGAGGAUGAGGAAGUGUCGCUGUCCGUCAUCCAGCCGUACUGGGAAGCUCUGGAGGAGAUGGUGGAGGGAGAGAGAGUUCUGUCCCUUGGAAUAGCUGAUCUAAAUAAAGAGCAGUUAGAGGAGCUAUACAAUUGGGCCAAGAUUAAGCCAGGGAUUAACCAAGUGAACCUGGAGUCGUGUUGUGUGAUGCCCAAAGAUCUGACGGAGUACGCUAAACAGAACGACAUACAGCUCCUCAGUCACAACGAUGCUAGAGACAUACUUCCAAAUGAGAAAUUAAGUGAAAUUAUCAAGACAAACACAACAGAGAAAGACAGUGACUUCUGGGAGAUGCUGUGGGUGAUGCGCUACUCGGUGCUCAUAAAAUGUCGGGGGAUCAUUAAAACCAAAGCUUACAUUACAAAGUGUGGCCGUGAUACCCGUCGCAGAAAGUGAGCUCAAGAUUUAUCCAUCUUGGCUGUACGUGGCUUAAUUGUAGUGGAAAUUACAAUGGUUUCAUCUUUAUAGCUUUUUGUGUCUUUCUUCAAUCAGUGAUAAAUCAAGGACUAGCAACCUCUCCUAUCAUGAAAAAUACAUUGUUGAAACAAAUAUUUCUAUUGUUGAUCAGAUUUUGUGAUUGAUACAUUGAAUGUUUUAAUUUGACAGAUGAUGCAGUUAGUAUAACCAUCAGGGGGUGAGACUUGCAACACAUUUUUUGCAAAUAAGCAUUUUUAUACAUCAUCAAAGAUUACUUUUAUUGCAAGUAAUCCUCGGAACAAGUGUUUAAAUUAAGAAAUUUGAAAUGUAUUUACCAGAAAAAUAUUUGAUUUGAAAGUGUUAUAUAUGUAUUUUAAAAAUUCUACAUGUAACUUAAACUUUUGUGAAAAAUGAUCUUUCAUAUUUCAUCGGAAGAAAGAUUUCUGUAUUAUGGAAAUAUACAUGUAUGAAGCAAUCUCAAUUUGGUACAAGAUGGUAAUUUAAUAUUUUGCUUUAAUCAGAACCUCUGAAUUAGUUUUCUACAAAUUAAGAUCUCUUUUCAAAAAUGGCUAAAAAAUUGACAAUGUGAUAAAUAAUGAUUUUUGGGGAGGGAAGGGGUUGGUGGUUAAUAAAAUAAAUCAUAAUUUUACGAAGAAAAUGCAUGACAUUUAAUAUAUAAUCUGUUUAUUGUUUUGAGAUAUAUUCAUAAACACAUAUGCAGGAAUUCAAUGACAUGUAUAUAGAUGGUACUUUUGGACCCUUCAUUCUUUCAUUGUUAAUUUUGCCAUUGAGCAAUGUAAUGUUGUUUAUUAAUACUUUGUAUUAAAUAUAUGAUUUUAUAUGUAAAGUUCUAAAUGAUUGUUAACAGUGCAUUUAAGGAUUUUCUGAUAAAAUUGUUUGAUUUUUAAUCAGAAUUCAAGUUCACAUAAACAAUAUGGGAAUGAAUCCCAUUUUGAAGAUUUGCAUAGAAGAUGUGUUCUAUUUACACAAAAUGAAGGGAAAAUUCCAUUUUUUUUCUCCAUAACUAUUAAUGUCUUAAACAUGUUGUGAUGUUGCAAGUGUUAAUUGACAGGUACAUGUAUGUAAUUAAAUUGCAAUGAGUAUAUAUAUUGUCUUUUUAUCUUGUAUACAGUAUAAUAGGUCAGUUGUCAAAUUUCUACAAAAUGUACUUCCAAACUUUUUAUGCUAUAGCUAAUUACUUAUAGUUAUCACAUUAUCUUUUAUAGAAUUGUUAUUUGUUAAUGAGAUUCAGGUUGUUUGGUAAUCUUGUGAAGAUGAUGAAUAUAUUAAUUUCUAAGACAAA